AUGGAGUCUGAAAAUGCACAACAAGUAAAUGGAAAAAGGAAGAGUAAUCAAGAUUAUAACGCUUGGAGUGCGGAAGAAAGUAGAAUGUUGUUGCAACUCAUGGUUGAUGUUGCAUCGUGUGGAUGGCGUGAUGCUAAUGGCAUGCUAAGCCAGGCAACUGUAGAAACCAAAAUACUCCCCAAGAUUAAUGAAAAACUUAGGUGUCACAAAACCUAUUCUCAAUACCAGAGUCGGUUGAAACACUUUAAAAGAGAAUACCAAAAAUAUUCACAGCUUAUCCAUCACAGCUCUGGGUUUGGGUGGGAUCCAACCACAAAGAAAUUCACUACUCCUGAAGAAGUUUGGAAAGGCUACUUUAAAUCCCAUCCAAAAGACACAAGUAUUCAAACAAAAACUUAUGAUGACUAUGAGGAUCUGCAAAUUGUAAUUGGGAAUGCAACUGCUAUUAGAAGAAACUCAUUAGGAUUGGGUGAUGAUACUUAUGCAAGAACUUUUAGGGUGGAAGAUAGACAUGUUGAAAUAGAGGACUUUGUUUUUUAUGAUGAAAGUUAG